UAAACUAAAUUGAGAUCUAAGUUCAUGCACUUCCGAAAGCCAAAUAAAACCGCACUUCAUUUCAUCUCGUUUUUGUCGCAUAAAAAAACAACUCUGUCUUUCUCUCUCUCUCUCUCUCUCUCUCUCUCUCUCUCUAUUUAGUGUGACUGCUUUUCCUCGUUUCUCAACCAAAUCUAGAACAACCCAUUUCAUUGUUUAAGCUUUUAGGGUUUCAUUCUUCUUCAAUGAAUUCACACCCUUUUUCACACUGACACUACUGCUCUCACUCUUUCAAACAAAGGCCUCGUCUUUUGACUCUAUUAUGGCUGGAGAAAUAGCAUGGAUCAGCCACUAUGAUGAUGACAUCAUGCAAAAGGAGACUGAGGACUUUGAUUUGGAACUUGGUGAGGAAAUUGAUGAAGAAGUCAGUGUUGUUUCUGUGGACAUAAUUUUGCCUGAUGAUUUAUUGGAGCGUAUCCUGUCCUAUCUUCCCAUUGUAAGCAUUUUCCGAGCAAGCUGCGUGUGUAAAAGAUGGCACACGGUUUUUGAAAGGUUUUUAUCGAACCCUUCACAUUUGCUACCUCAGAAACCUUGGUAUUUUAUGUUCACCAGCUCUGAUGAACCAUCUGGUCAUGCUUAUGAUCCUAACCUUCGGAAAUGGAAUUGCAUUGAACUCCCCUUCAUUGGAACUUCUAAUUGGUUCAUUUCUUCAUCAUAUGGCUUAGUUUGCUUCAUGGACAAUGAAAACAGAACUGAACUAUGCAUGUGCAACCCUAUUACUAAAAGUUUCAGGAUGCUUCAAAAGCCUCCAGGGAUGAAUUCUGAUUACAGUGCAUUAGCAAUUUCAGUCGACAAGGAAUCACAUGGUUAUACCGUGGCAAUUGUUAAAUCAAAUCAAGUCCCUGGAAACUUUUUUCAGUGGGAUAUCUCAAUUCAUGUAUACAAUUCGAAGGAGGAGGCAUGGCUGACGCCACUAACCGAGGUUUUGACCGGGUGGAGGGGCGGUGAUGAGAGUGUGAUAUGCAAUGGUGUGCUUUACUUUGUAGUUUACUAUACCGGAGGUGUUCCACUAGAAAACCGUCACGCGUUAAUCGCAUAUUGUAUCUCCAACCGAUUUUCUCAAGCUAGCUUGAGCUCUAUUCCUGUACCAUGUUCUCUGACAUGUGCCCGCCUAAUGAAUAUGAAGGAGAAGCUUGUAAUGGUUGGAGGAAUCGGCAAACCUGAUCGACCGGGCAUAAUCAAAGGAAUCGGUAUCUGGGUUCUUCGUGAUAGGAGGUGGGAAGAGAUCGUCCGAAUGCCUAACAAAUACUUCCAAGGCUUUGGAGAGUUUGAUGAUGUUUUUGCUAGCAGUGGCAUUGAUGAUCUAAUAUAUAUUCAAAGCUAUGGUUCUCCUGCACUUCUCACAUUUGACAUGAACAUUAAACAAUGGAAAUGGUCACAUAAAUGUCCAGUAACAAAAAGGUUUCCUCUACAGCUUUUCACUGGUUUUUGCUUUGAGCCGAGACUUGAAAUUGCUCCAUAGUUUGCUGUUUUCUAUAGAAUCUAAUAGCUACUAUUGACAAUUGUGUCAAGUUUCUGGCAAUUUUCUCUGCUGUUUUUAGAUUUCUGUGUUUCAACUUGCUGAUUAAAGAUGAUGAUUCAUGGACACUGAAAUUUAUUUAAACAUUUGAAAAAUACUACAGAGCUAUAUAAUUAAAUUUUUAGUUGCUCAUUCUAUAUGGAUUACAAUGAGAUGUACUAUAUAUCUACUUAACUGUUGCUGUUUGACUCGAUCUCAUUAAUCAAAGCAGAAAAUUUCGCUGUCGCA